UAUUAGAUAAAACCUUUUUAUUAAUUAUGUAUAUGCAAUAUAAUAAACAUAUGCGAUUUAAGGUCAAAGAACCUGGUAAAAAGGCAAUAAUAUUGGAUGAAAAAGAUUAAAUUAGAUUAGAUUAAACUUCACUGAUCCCACACUGAGGUAUAUGAGAACUAUUAGACAAAGGACCAAAAUACAGGUUAAACUAUUUAAGUCGUUUAUUUUUUAUUUUAUGAACUUUAUAGAUACAUGUAGAGAUAAGUAACAUUCAUUCAUAAUUAGAAAGAAAACACACACACACACACACACCAACAUGCCGACUCCAUACAGAUUGACCAGGGGUGUUCUAACAACAUUUGCCACUGUGUGGUCAAGAAGCCUCUUAAAGACCACAUAAUAUGCAGUUCAACCAAGAAUAAUAAAACAUCACAAAUAAAAUAUACAAGCAUGGAAUGAUAGAGCACAAAUCACAGGAAGAUACAAUUACCUACCGAAAAAUAAAACGAAAUACCUGCCUUCGUACCAGUGCCAAGAUUAAAGGACAAGAUGACAUGAAAGAUUAAUUGAACAUGACAUCACAUGUCAGUGCCACGUUUUAUUUAAGUACAAGUACUGAUGGUCUGCAGUACGCAAUGGUGACAUUCACUAAUCAGGAAAAGGAAGAAAGAAUAAAGUCUUUCUAAGGCUAUUUCUAGGAUUUGUUUUUCCACAAUGAAAGCAAAUAAUGAAAAUGAAGCUCCCCAAGCCAAAUACAACCCCAAAGUACCAACGAUUCAGACCCUAAUAAACCCACGACCAAAGACUGGAUUUCAAAAUAAGUUGCAGGAACUGAGUGAAGCAGUGUACCAGUCCACUCAGAGAGCACCUCUGGGCAAGUCACGCUUUCAAGCUCCUGAUGACAUCGUCCAUGGCCUCAAAACAGACGCAGGUUUUGAUAUUAGGCAGAUUAUUUACCCAUCAAAAAAAUGCAAGGAACUGGAAGAUGAAGAGUUGCACAAGGCUUAUGUUCUCAGCCACAAAUCCUAUUUUGUUGGUGAACAGAUCGAUAGAAAUUACAACUCUGGUCACUUCAGUAAGUACAACAGGUUUGGAAUUUGUACCCCUCACCAUAAAGAUGGAAGGGAAGUCAGUGAAAGUCUAUGUUGGCAAGGGGAGACAAAUAAGGAACUAAAGGAUUCAGAGAGACUCAGGAUGCAACGUCUUGCCUUAAAUCUCCCUCAAGACUACCGCUUUGGGAAUAACGUACCGCCAGAUGAGUUUGGCGCCGGGGAAAUAAUCCAUUGCACAGAGCCAGGACAGUAUAUCAGAGGUCCAGAGCCACAGCUCAGCUUGGUUAACCUUUUGAGACAUGACCUCAAGCGGCUCAAUAACCAUCACUUUUCAUCCCUGCUAGAGGCCUUCAAAUACUAUGACAAGACAGGGAAGGGACUGAUCAACAAAGAAGAUAUAAAGACCGUUUUCCGCAAGUUCCAACUAAAUUUUACCGAUGACGUCAUCAAAGACCUGGUAGAAUUCUGUGAUACGGACAAGGAUGGACAUAUAAACUUUGUCGAGUUUGCAAACUUCCUCAACUGGAAGGACACGAUGCCUAUUGAUGAAAAAGAUCAAGAGAUUCUGACAAAAGAGCCUCAGGCAGAAGCAUUAGAUGACACAGAGCAGUUUUUAGUUCAACCUGGGGAUCUGGAGCCUGUAACACCUGGCAGUUCUAUGAAAACUGUCAGAAGACUGAGACUGGACGAUUCAGAUCCAGAACAGUUUGUCACCACCUCAUCCUACAUUGGUGCAUUCUCUCGGUUCCCACUGAGAGAAAAUCGCACAUAUGGGAUUCCAUCUGUGCGAUCAGAUCUUCCGGCUCCAACCAUCAAGAGCGUCUGCGACUUUACCAACUAUGGUGAUAUGACCACAGCUGCAGAUCUUCUGUAUCCAACAGCUUUCUCCCAGCAUGGUGUUUACAGAGAACACCUUCAAUGCCCUCGCAGUAGGAAGGAGAUCACACAGAUCUUCAUGGAUCUGGGAUUGGAUUUGUCUGAGGAAACCUUUGAGAAGGCGUGGAAGCUGGCAGCUGAAAAAGACCCAAAAGGAAGAGUUUGCAUUGAGAAUUUCAGGAGCGUACUCAAGGAAUUAAAUGUUUAUGGAAGCAUCAAGACAACAUAGAUAAAAAAAAACCUUUUUCAUAUCCAUCAUUUAUUAUAAUUAAGUGUCUCAUCAAAAACAGGAUAAUCCCCCUGUUUGAUGGGAAAUUGUUUGGGAAAAAUGUUUUAAGGGCAGCCUUGGGGGGCGACAGGAGUAUCCGACAGCUUUAAAGUUAACAGACAUUCUUGUUUAUUGUUACAACAGUAACACAUAAGUCAUAUUUUACCAAAAGACACAAACAUAAUACAAUGUUUUCUACCAUCUUUGUUUCACCAAAGUCAACUAGACUAAACAUUGUUUAAAAAUCUAUCAGCAUGUGUUGUGUCUGAAAGGACUCAUAAUUGUACAUGUAUUUAAACCAUAUUUAUU